AUGGCAGGAGACCGGUCAGAUCAUCGGGUGCUGCAGUAUGAACAAAGUCUUAUAUAUGGGCGCUACACCCAGGAGCUCGGGGUGUAUGCCAAAGACGAGGCCACUCGGCUGAAGGAAAGUGAGAAGAAGGUCAGCCAGCGAAGCCGGACACUGGAACACGACAAUGGACGCUGUGCCAAGUGUAAGAUCGGCCCAUUUCGCUGGCUGAAGUUCCUGAUCUCAUUGAUCGGGGAGGACUGGAUCUUCUUCUUCCUGUUGGGGCUCCUCAUGGGCCUAACCAGCUGGGCAAUGGAACUGGGCAUCAUCAUGCUCCAAAAAGGACAGAAGUGGAUAUAUGGUAGACUGGACAGUAAUGGGUUCCUGCAGUACCUGGGCUGGGUCGGCUAUUCUGUUGCUCUCAUCGUGUUUUCUGCCGGCUUCACCCAGAUCGUCUCCCCGCAGGCUGCUGGUUCAGGGAUUUCGGAAAUGAAGACCAUUCUACGAGGAGUAUUACUGAAAGAAUACCUCACCUUCAGGACCUUCGUGGCUAAAGUCAUCAGUCUCGCUUUUGCCUUGGGUAGUGGUAUGCCCCUUGGCAAAGAGGCUCCCUUUGUACACAUCGCCAGUUUGUGUGGAGCUCUCCUCAGCAAGUUGCCUGUGUUUCGAGGAAUCUAUGAGAAUGAGUCCAGGUACAGAGAGAUGCUAGCAGCAGCCUGUGCUGUGGGAGUGGGCUGCGUUCUUGCUGCGCCCGUAGGAGGUGUGCUCUUCAGUAUUGAAGUAACAUUCACAUUCUUUGCUGUGAGGAGCUAUUGGAGAGGGUUCUUUUCUGUCACCAUCGCUGCCUUCUUUUUCAGGGUAUUGGCUGUGUGGUACAAAGACGAAGAGACCGUCACAGCCCUUUUUAGAACCCAUUUCCAGGUAGACUUUCCCUUUGACCUCAAGGAGAUUCCUGCCUUCGCUUUGCUUGGUAUUAUCAGUGGUUUUGGUGGGGCUUUGUUUGUCUACCUAAACCGACGGAUUGCCCUGUUCAUCAAGAAACAGAAGCUCUUCAACACAUUCCUCAUGAAAAAAUGUCUUGUGUAUCCAGUAAUCGUCUCUUUCCUCAUUUCGUCACUAUUGUUUCCUUCUGGUUUUGGACAAUUUAUGGCUGGAGAGCUGACACAGAAUGAGGCUUUGGUGACAUUACUGGACAACCGCACAUGGACUAAAGACGGCAUCGCUGAAGAGUUUGACUACAUUGGAAACGCACGAGUCUGGAUGCACCCACAAGUCACCGUCUUCGGCACACUGGCCCUUUUCACCAUAAUGAGGUUCUGGAUGUGUGCCUUGGCCAUCACCAUGCCAGUGCCCUAUGGAGCCUUCAUGCCAGUACUUGUCAUUGGGGCAGGCUUGGGGCGUCUGGUUGGAGAAUGCAUGGCAUUCUGGUUCCCAGAAGGCAUUCAUGCAGGUCAUGCUAUCUAUCCCAUAGUGCCAGGAGGCUACGCCGUGGUGGGUGCUGCAGCUUUGUCCGGAGCAGUCAGCCACUCAUUUUCCACCGUGGUGAUGGUGCUUGAGUUGACUGGACAGAUCUCCCACCUUCUGCCGGCCCUGAUAGCAGUGGUCCUGGCCAACCUUGUGGCCCAGUCCCUGCAGCCCUCCAUCUAUGACUCCAUCAUCAAGAUAAAGAAGCUUCCCUACCUCCCAGAGCUGGGCUGGGGUCAGCACGAGGUGUAUAACAUUCGUGUGGAGGACAUUAUGGUGCGCGACGUGCAGUACAUCACACUCAGCUGCAGCUACAGAGACUUGCUAAACAUCCUAAUGAAAAGUCGACUAAAGGCUCUACCCCUGCUCAAAUCAGCUGAGUCAAUGACCCUGUUGGGCUCCAUUGAGCGUGCCCAGCUCCAGUCGCUGCUCUCGCAGCAGCUCAGCUGUGCCAGACGUCUGCAGUGCAUCAAAGAACGAGGCGCUGAGGAGAAGAAGAUCCUCUCUACUGAGUCAAACCCACCCAGCAAUAACAACAGCAGCCUGCAGACAGGCCAGGAGGAAGGCCACAUCCAGAUCACUAAUGAGGAGCUGAACCCGCCCCCUGUGGUGGAGCGACCCACUGAGCUUUCCAACAGCUCACAAGAUGAAUCAGGAGUCACACUGAGAAGCAUUUUCUGUGCCAGCUCAGAUGCAGAAGAGGUACAAGAUGAUCGAGAUGUUCAAGAUCCCACUAGUGAGAUUACAGACUGGGAGGCAAGGCAACUUGAUGAGAGGGUCAACUUCAACAACUGCAAGAUUAACCCCACCCUGGUCCAGCUGCUGGAGUGUACAUCACUGCAUAAGACCUACACCAUCUUCUCUCUGCUGGGCCUCGACCACGCCUACGUCACCAGGAUCGGACGCCUCAUCGGGGUGGUUUCCAUCAAAGAACUCCGUAAAGCCAUAGAUGGCUCAAUGACUCUGAAAGGUGUGAAGGUAGCUCCCCCUAUGGCCACCUUCAGGAACAGCAGCUUGAGCAGCAGCCAGAAUGAGACCACCUAUCUCCAAGCUUCAGGCCGAGAGCUGAACCUGUGCAAGCAGACGUGCUCCCUGCCAGUGAUGGAGGCACCUGUAGCUAAUCUCAUCCUGUCGCCACAGCUCUCACAGGCAUAG